CUUCCUUUGGCCAUAUUUGGCGGCGCAUCGGCGGCGCGUGAGCCCAGGGAAGCAUUUCGAAGGAGCAAAAUGAGCUUUUGUUUGUCGUCUAUGACAAGAAAAACAUCAAAACGUUGUUGUCACAUAAGUUGAGUGCGACACAGAGAGAAACCUCGUCCUGCUGCAGGCAGCUGAGCUUUGAUUCCCUGCAACUCUGACACGCAGCAGCAGCAAAAACAUUUCACACUGGGAAACUGUCAGGAGACGCAGUGAAACAUCAUGACGACGCUGCUGGAUUUGAAGAGUAGUGUGCUGAGGCAGGUGCAGAGGAGCCAGUCGCUGAGGAGUCGACGGGAGCCGCCUCCCACCGCCACCAGCCCCCUCACACACUGUCCUGACCCUUUACCUCGCAGGAUUUCAGAGGCGAGUGUGGAGUUCUUUGAGCGUAUGAAUGCCAUCCUGCAGAAACAGGAGAACAUGAUGCGGGCGGCCCAGGCUGAGUGCCAAAGAGGGGCCUGCACAGUUCCGCCGCCCCAGGAGCAUGUGGACCAGGCCUUUAUCCCCGACAGAAUCAGCAGGACUGAGCUGGACCUGCUUUAUGAAGAGGCUGUGUACACGGUGGUCAACAGGGUCGGAGUGCCUUCACCAGAACAUGUGAAGAGUGAUGAUGAGCUGUUUGCUUACCUGCGGAAGGUGUUUGAUAUGGGUGAGGAGGAACAUGAAAUCAUUCUGCAAAAAGUUCGAGAGGCCAAGCGAGCCAGUUUCUCCUUGAGAGUUUCUGUCAUGAAAGCGAAGAAUCUGAUGGCCAAGGAUGCAAAUGGGUACAGUGACCCCUACUGCAUGCUGGGAAUCCUGGUCGGCCAGAGUCCUCGGGAAACAGAGGAGAAGAAGGAGAGAAAGUUCAGCUUCAGGAAGCGGAGGGAGAAGCUGGAGAAACGCUCCAGCACCAAGGAGGUGUUACCUGCCAGGUGCAUCCAGGUGACCGAGGUCAAACCGGAGACUCUCAACCCGGUGUGGGACGAGCAGUUUGUGUUUGAAAUAGAUGAUGUCCACAAUGACCUCUUACAUCUGGACAUAUGGGACCAUGAUGAUGAUGUUUCUGUUGCUGAGGCCUGCAAAAAGCUCAAUGAAGUCAGCGGACUUCGAGGAAUGGGCAGGUAUUUCAAGCAGAUAGCAAAAUCAGUGCGCUCCAAUGGCUCUGCUUCAUCAGGCUCUGAGGAGAACGCCGACGACUUCCUCGGCUGCAUCAACAUCUCUUUGAAUGAGAUCCCUGUUGUCGGCUACGACACCUGGUUCAAGCUGGAGCCUCGAUCGAGUGCCUCUAAAGUUCAGGGAGAGUGUCACCUGAUUCUGAAGCUCUUUACCAACCAGAGGGACACAACUUUGUCUAAGAAGGAUACAAAUGUCUCCAUUCACAAGAAACUGCUGAGCCAGAUUGUGGAGUAUGAGCACACUCAUGUGAAGAGAGAACCGUACAACUGGAACGGGCAGGUUUCUCCUCCAGCGUGGACUGUUCUGACUCACCAUGCUGUGCAAACUGAUCUCUCACCUCUCCAGCAGGCCAUUAUUCGCUGGCAGUGCUACAGCAGCCACCACCGCACCCAGAGGGUGUGCUACUCCCUGCUGCUGCGCCUCCUGAGGACCAUCGAUGCAGAGUGGGACCCUCCUGCCGUGCGGGGAGACCUGGAGAGGCAGCUGUCAGACAGCUUCAGGCUGUACACAGAGCACUGCCUGUGCCUGAUGAAGAACAUGCGUCAGGUUUUCCCCUGCACCAGCGCCGCUGCCAUUACACGCUACGAGCUCAUGCUGAGGGGGAUUGGCUACAUGCAAAACAUGCAGGCAUUUAAGACUGUGUGUCCUCUCCGCAAUGAGCUGCAUUUGGACAUCACUACGGCUGUCAAGAAAGGAACAGCUGAGUGGUAUGAGAGCUUAAUUGCGCGAUAUCGACCAGAAGACGGGACUCUGGAGGAGCAGCUGAAGAAACUGGUUCAGGUGAUCGAUGCGGUGUGUGCAGACGUCCAGAGGGCACAGAACAUCUACAACAAACUCUUCCACAGUGCAGUGAAAGUAGAUUUCUUCAGCAUAUCAUACAGGCAGCUGGAAAAACAGGCAGCUGAUGAUGUGAACGUGGCGAUGGAGCGGGUGUGUGGGACUCUGGAGCAGGAGAGCUCCAGACUGACUCAGACGAUGGGAGAAAUCGUCUUCGAGCUCUUCAUGUCCUUGAAAAUCCUCAAAGGCUUCAGAGAGUUUCUUCCCCUCAAGGACGCUAAAAUGUUGGCCCUGACGGGUUUUCACAACUGGUUCAAGUCCUCGAUUCAUAAGUGGCUGCAGAUCGUUCACGACAGAUCCUGUGACCGGAUCCGUAAAGCCGUGGAAACAGACAAGCUCGAGCCUCUGCAGCAAGCUAAGCACAGCUCCUCAGCAGUGGAAGUGACAGCUUGCUUCAGCCAGGUACGCGAGAUCUGGGUCCAGCUGGCCUGGCCAGACUCUGCGGGGGCCUUCAUCUUUGUCACACGUUUGACAGACAAUUUCUGCAGCGAGGCCGUGUGCUACUCCGAAAUGAUGACGCGGAAGAUUGAGAGGAACCAGCUGGGCCGAGACCACAAGAGCUUCACAGUGCAGCUCUGCAUCGCCCUGAACAACGCCGAGCACGUGCGCGUUUUCCUGGGUAACCUGCCCCGCGACCUGGACUGGCAAGGCGUGGAGCGGGCCAUGGAGGAGUCGUGCGGCGUGGAUGGGAAGGAGCAGGUUUACAAGGCUCUCAAUGGCCAGCUGUUCAAUAUGGACCUGGAUCUGCAGAGAGAAGCCAAACACCUCAUCACGCUGCUCACUGACAAGAUGCUGCCUGAGCUGCGGAGGUACAUCCAGCACAUCAGCCUGUCUCCAGACUCCAUCAACAAUGACGACGCUGUGUCCCCUCUCAUGAAGUACCUGCAAGACACUAUGGUCAUCCUCACUGAAAACCUUGUAAAGGAAAAUCUGAGCAGAGUUCUCCAGAGCAUGUGGGAGCUGCUGCUUCGAAUGAUCCUGGACGCCGUGACAGAAAACAGGGGUGUUCAGGUGGAGUUUUACAACCGCUUCCAGUACACAGUGGAGACCCUGUUGCACUUCUUCCAGGCUAAGGGAGAAGGUCUUUCCAUGGAAGACAUGAAGAGCGGAGACUACAAGGUCCUGGAUGAGGAGCUCAGGCUGAAUAAAUGCUCCUCCUUUGAGCUGAUUGAACAGUAUUAUCUGGAGAAGAUUUCCCACCAGAAAACACUGAAACACACCCGUUACGGUCGGAUCAGUGUGAAGUGCUAUUAUGAUGCUCCAGAGCAGAGACUGACAGUGGAGAUUCUGCACGCUGCUGAUAUUAUUGCGCUGGAUGCCAACGGCUUGAGUGAUCCAUUUGUUAUCGUGGAGCUCUGUCCUCAUCACCUCUUUCCUAUGGCCAAGAGUCAACGCACGCAAGUGAAGCUUAAGACGCUGCACCCGGUAUUCGAUGAGCUCUUUUAUUUCCAUGUCAGUCCUGAACAGUACAGACACAGGUUUGCCUGUUUGACCUUCAUUGUGAUGGACUAUGACUGGCUGUCCACCAACGACUUCGCCGGCGAAGCCAUCGCUCCUCUCAGCGACUUCUGCUGGCCUGGCAGACCAAACGCCUCACCGGCUGGGAAGAGCGUCCAGCCUGUCAUUCUGCACCUGUCUCGCAGUAAACCCAGUGAGAAGCCAAUCAUGAGGAUGCUGGAGGCUCGCAUCGGAGACAGGGAGGCUCAGGAGUUUGUCCGCAGGCUGAAGGAGAUUGAGAAGUCAAUGGAGGAGGAGUAAAAGCUGUCAGUGCCGCCUGUGUUGCUGUUUUCUGACCACGUCUUGCGACAUGUGCUUUUGUACUGGUACAAUGUUUACAAUAUUUAGAAUUUUUUUUCCCCACAAUGUUAUCGUUUGUUCUGUAAUUAUACCAAAAUGAAAAGAAAAAAAGAGGAAGACGGUGAGGCUUAUCGCUGUUUUCUUCCUGGGAGAUAAACGUCCUGUCACUGUGCAACUCUACGCUGUCUCAGUUAAACUAUAUUUUAGAACUGAAUGGAUAGUUGAUCCUAAAUGUUACUAGUCUAUAUUUUUUGUAAUGAAGUAAUUGUUAUCUUUGUUGUAUAACCUUUGAUAUGAUAGAUUUAACAUUUUAGAAACUAUUUUGUGGAAGUAGCUUACAUAUCCAGUAGUAAUCAGAGUAUGAAUCUAUACCUCAGAUAUGCUCAUGAGUUUGCAGGGGAGUUUAGCGGGUGUUACGUUCUUCACAGGCGUUGUGGAGCUAAAUUGCAUGAAAACCUGAGCCCGAGUUUAUUUUACAAUUCAUAUAGUGGCUUACCAACAAACAGGAAUAAAAAAAAUAUAAAUGUCUUGAAGGAAUUUCGCUGUGGGGAGUUGAACUUUCUGAGAGUUGGUGCUUUAGGGCCAGUCAGUCAGACAGAUGAGCAGCAGGGAGGCUCAGCACUCCCCUAAGGCCACGCCGCUGCUCGGGUUCAUUCAACUUUGCAGAUUGCUCUUUACAAAGCUUCUGAUGGUCACUGGAGAAGCCAGAGAUGGUGCUACUGUAGCGGGGAGAAGACCAAAUCCUUUAACGGAGUUCCUUCUUGUGUGAUUAUAGCACUUUGAGUCAUGUUUACGGCAAUUUAAGUGCAUCAUAAUUUAAAGUUGUCGGGGCCCACUGCGGUGACAGAAACAGAUUAAUCUGUCAUAUGUGAAAGAGGAAAAUGUGUCAAGCAAUGAGCUGAUUCCUCUUUAGUUCAUACUGUUUUACUUUGUACAUUGUUUCAAGUUUUGGUUUAUUUCUUCACCUUAAUUUGGACCAAAAAUACGUUCAGCUAAAUGUCUUAAUAUUCACUGUUGUCAUGAAAAUCUGCUUUCGGUUUGGCAAUCUUGACUCAAGCAAAGAACAGAUUUGAAAGUUGAUUUAUUUAACAUGACAUUUGUUUACAGAAUCCAAAGGAACAUUUGAAUUGUGAAAAAAACACCUCGCUUUUCUUUCUUGCUUCUACUCUGCCGGUAAUAAUCAUUUGUGUUUUCAUGCUUGUGGAGAUCCACAAGGAAACCCUGAUGGCUGAUAAUUGAAAGGGAGAAAACACACCCCUGUCGUCCCCAAAGAUAAUGCAGAAUGCGGCACGUUAGAUGCCCUUAAGUCCACAUGGUAAGAGCAUCAAAAACAUGUCUAAGAAGAAACCGAGCUAAUUACAGCUAAUGAGCACAUGUGGCGUUCAGGAAACUCUCAAAACAACCAUGAAGCGGCACAAAGCCUUUGUUGCUCCAGCAUUACAUCGAUGCAGGCUCAUCACAGGCCUUCUGCAGGGCUGGAAAUUUGAGUUUCUGUCGUGCUGCGGAGCUUAUUCUCUGGAGGCAAAAGAGAAGACAGAAGGAUAAUGAACCUGUGCAGUGGCAUAAUUAUACUUAGGGGGACCAGGGAGCCCUCCCUGCCUGCAGCAGCUUCUCACUGGACUGACAGGCAUAAUUUCAACUCUAGUUCUUGCCGAUCUCCCAAAACUGUGAUUAUAGAUUGGGAUCUUAUUGUUUGGCUCUUUUUCUCAAUUUCGAAAUGAUGGUCAAACUGCCGCCUAGAAUCCAGAAAAAAACAAACAUGAAAUUGUUGUUGCAUUGUCAUGCAACCGAAAGCACAGAUUAUAGUGAAAUAGUGGAGUUUCCUUAAUUUUCCUGCCAGUAUUAGCACAUUAAAGGGCCCGUUUCCCAGAAUAAUCAGUUGUUUCCAAGGCUGUCCAUUACCUCAUAUGACAUUGUCAGAAAUGCAGCAUUUUUUUUUUUUUAGAAAUGCUGUAUUUGUUCAUUAGUUAUUGAUGAUCAGAAAUUAUGGCAACAUAGAAUAUGGCCAUUUAAUACAGAUGCACUCACAAACAAAAUGACCUUGCACUGAGCACAAGCGUGUGUUAUGCACGUGUACGUUAUGUACGGAUACCGAAUCGUGUGACCUAAAUAUGUAGCGGGCGGUGAGAAUUGAUGGGACUCGGAAACACGCCCACAAUUUAACCAAUUGUUUCUUGUAUCAUUUCCGACAGAUAAGUCCCGGCAAGUCCACAGUGGUCCAUUUGUUGUGGGAUCGCAAUCGUGAUCUUCAGCAGGCAGCUGACUUAGUGUUCACUCUCAAAGUUACAGUGACGCUGCUGCUAUUUCGCAAUGAUACAGAAAUCCUUAAGAAAUCCGUGGAUCCAGACUAUAAGCCGCAUCACUGCCAAAAUCUAAUCACUUGAGUCAUUUCUGUUGUUCCCUGAAAAUUUCAUCCAAAUCUGUUGGUCCGUUUUUGAGUAAUGUUGUGCACAGACAGAUUGAUAGACGGACAAACGUACGGCGAUCGUCACACGUUCCUUGGUGGAGUAAUAAUAUAAAUUAUUUUAUAAGACCUGAAGGGGAAUAAUAUCAUCUUAUAAUGGCAUAAAAACACAAAACGUAACAGUGAAAGAAGUACUUGUGGGUUUUUAUUUAUGCUCUUAGGAAACUGGGCCUUACUGUUAAAGCUGUAGCUUAAAUUUUGCAAUUAGAAAACAAACUGCCUGUUUGCUACAAGGCAUUACAUUUUUUUUAAGUUAAAGCACAAUUAGGCUUUUAAGAGUUGCUAAAUUUUUAUGUUUUUGCACCAUUUUAGCCAAGACAACCGAAUCACUAAGUAGUAACAGGUGUAUAGCGAGGAAACACUGAAAACACUGUAGCAAGUACCGAGAACUUAGCACCAAAAUCUUCACACCGACAGCGUUUUGAUAGUGAUGUAACUUUACAGUAGCUGCUUGUGUCGUGCUUUGUCGUUCCCCCUGUAGAGUCGUGAGGAUGAAGCACGCAAAAAAACAACAACAAACAAACAAAAAAAACCAUAUCUAUGCCUGGAGAGUGUGCUGCAUUUACAGGGACUGUUCAGGUGUCCAAGGAACCUGCCUUACUUACAGGAGCAGGGAGUUUUCUUUCUGUCCAUCUGAACAGCACUUGCUUUUAUGUAUUGUUUCUGUUUGUUCUGGGUUUUUAAAAAAAAAAGAUAUAUCAGGUAGAAUUUGUGUUGUUACAGAACUAUUUAACUGUUAGCUUAUUUUUUUUAAAAAGACCUCCGCUUUAUUAUAGCAAAGGAUAGUGUGAAAUGAAGCAAUGUCGCAAUUAUAUAUUCUCUGUGUUAACUUCAAAACCAAGACCAGAUGUUUACAAAGAAAGAUGCAACCUCACUUGCAAUGUUAAGCAUUAUUUAGUCAAAUAGAUCUAAUAUUCUACUGUAUAAUAAAAUCUAUGAGAGGAUCACAAAGCAGAAGUAAUUUAUGUCUUUCUUACAGCUUGUGAGCUAAACCCAAUUUCACAAUUUUAAAUGAGAAAAAAAAAUAUUUUCCAAUACUUAUGGGAAGAAGCGUGUCUUUUCCCAUUAUUAUAGCUGUCUGCACUCCGUCACAGUAUUGUGAAUGUCUUUAUGUUCAGGCAAUGUGUUGAGUAUUAGUUGAGUAAACAAAUAUAUUCUGGUGAUUUUUUUUUUCAAAUUCAAGCAAAGUAUUUGAGUCUACAAAUGUUCAGUGAAGUAUUAGUAUUAACAUGGUGUUUAUUUCCUACACAAGCUAUAGUCUUUUGCUGGCCAUCAUGUAAAAAAUAAAAAACAUGGCUAAGCACAUCGGAUUGUGAAUUUUAACAAGAAAAUCAAACAUCAUCACGACUUAGUUUCAUGACCGUCAGAGCUGAACACAGUUGAUUUUCACGUGAUCUAGAACUGUUAUCGGUACUUGGUUUGAUGUCUGUCGUUCAGAUUUAAAAGGCAAACAGCUGGUGAAACGUAUCUGCAAGAGGCAAAAACACCUUCAAUUUGUUAUUGUAAAAGUGAAUUCUUUGUCCUUGAACUGUAAAAUGCCUGUGUUGCUGUUCAUUGGAUUAUACAUUUGGGAGAUGUCUAUGACCCCAAUAAAGAUUGUAUUUCAAUUUAA